CAACGCCGUGCCGUUCUUGAGAGAGUUAUGCCCUCUUCCUCUUCGCAGCACCAGCAGCACUCGCUGCUGGUGCUCGUGGUCCCCCUGGGCUGUGCGGUGUGCGCAGCCCUGGUUGGAUACCAAGCAGGGGCGGUGGCAUGGCGGCACAAGAGGGAGGAGGACCAGGCCAAAGGCAUGCAACACCACCACGCGCUGAGGAGGCUUAUCUCCGAUUCCACCGGGAGAGGUUUCGGAACGGUCAAGCGAGUCUACGUCGUGCCAGGCGGGGGGCCCGGGUCGGUGAAGGAUGCAGGGUACCCCUCCUGGACGGCACAGAGGGUGGCUAAGGCCCUCCAACGGUUUGAUAUGAAGUACGGGGACACCACGGCCUUCCUCGCGCUAGGGGCAGGCAGCAUGAACGCCCCCAGCGCUCGCGGCGGGAACGGGCACGUCAUCUUCGAGUCGACGAGAAUAGCAGAGGAACUCGUGCGGAUGGCGGUGGAAGCCAUGCUGGACAUGUCCUUCCGGCACGGGGACCGCGCGAACGAGCACGCGGCACCGCCGCCGCCGCCGCCGGCCCCCGCCGCCGGCGUCGCGCCGUCGGUGCUGUCUCCGAGAAAGCUCCCCUACCCGGGUAGCGCAGUAGUAACGGAGAGCGGCGGCACAGGCGAAGGCGAGAGCGAAACGGCAGCGGCUCUAGGCGGCGUGGAGGAGCCGGGGCUCUUCUCGGCGCGGAGGGAAGCGGCGGCGGCGGCGGCGAGAGGGCUAACGCUGAAGGAGACCAAGAGGGCGGACGCGGCGGCGGCGACGGCGGCGGCAGCGGCCGCGAAGAGCGGGGCCGGGGCCGGGAGAAAAGGGGGGGGGGAGAAGCUGCCGGCGGCGCGGGCCGGGGAGGCGUACGGGGGUGGGGAGAUGAGGAAGUGGAUGUACGACUGGAAGAAUAAGAAGGCGAGGGCCCGCCGCGGCCCGAUGAACCUCACGGUGUUCGUUUCGGACUUUCAUGCCGAGAGGAUGGACGCGGUCUUCCAGUGGGUGUUCGGCCUGGAGCCGUCCCUGCUCAGGGGCAAGACUACGGUUACGACCGUGAGCAUCGAGACGCCGGUAGAGAUGUGGGCCAGGGGAGGGGAGCAGAGAGAGGCCCGUCAAGCCCAUGAGAGAGAGGCGGCAGAACAGGCGCGCCAGCGGGCCCGGGAGAUCCGCACCGUCGAGGAGUUCCGAGCUUUCAUGAUGCUCGGGGGGCACCGCGGAUACUUCGACUUGACGCACGGGCGGUACCAGGCUAGCCCCGGCGGGGGCUGGGGGGGAGCUUCGUAGUGCGCUUGAGUCUCGAAGCGGCGUGCGGCGUGGAAGAGGGACUUGUGUUGCUUUUUGCUUGCCCUUGUUGCAGACACGGGCUGCCGGCCUGCCGCGCUGUGUUGCUGCUGUUGUU